AUGGAGUUUGAGCAAAAAUUGGGUUCAGCCGGCAACAUCCCGACCUUGGACACCUCGCUGAGCUUCCUCCUGGAGAAGGCGAGAUAUCUAGAGGCCGAAGAGAAGUACCUGAAACCAGGAGUCGGCACAAAAACGAGGCCUGAACCCACUAGUGCGAGCAAGCCCCCAGUAAAAAGGGUCCAAACCUUCGCCACAUCAACAAACGCAAUCUUGUGUCCCAUUUGCAGCAGCAACACGCAUCGAGUUUACGAAUGCGAGAAACUUACGAGCAAAACCGUACCCGAAAUAGAAGAGCUUGUUCGGGAGGCUCGUCUCUGCAAAAAUUGUUUGCGCAAGGGACACACAACGAUACAGUGCAGGUCCAUCUCUUGUCGCAUCUGUGACGGGAGACACGACUCGCUCCUGCACCCCGAUCGGACACAGCCCAGCCAUGAAAAUUGA